AUGAGCCCUCGCAAGAACACGAAGAAGGCUGAAGAGCAACACCCUCCAGCACCGUUUGCGGAAGACGAUACCGCUUCCCAAGGUGACGACGAGUUUGAAGGCCUCAGUCAAGAGUUCAUUGACCAGUGUCUGGCGGCCUACCACGCGCUGGAUAAUCUGAAUCUUAACGACGACGAAAAUGAGAAUGGAAACGAUGACUCUUCUGAAGACUCACAGUCCACCCCAGACGGAUACGAGCAAGAACGGCGCGGCGAGAUUGAAUUUCUGCGUUCGAACGUCUACCAGCUCCGCUUCAGCACAACGCGGUUCCUGUAG